CAUUGGUAAACUGUGCAGACAGUGAUGACUUCAUCUACAGAGAGCUGACAACACAAUCAAUGGCACCGUGCGGAGUUCAGCAUCCAGUGGAGAGCGUAUUCUGCCUUUUCAUUGGGAGACGGUUCUCUUUACAGCCAUUCAAUAAGAAGACACGGAAUUAUUCAAAUCCAUAAGAGCUCCGUGGCGCGUUCACAGUCAAUCACAAUGCAGUUACUUUUACUCGCUGCCGCGGUCCUCUUUACGCACGACCUCACCGGAGCCGUGCGCUCCGAGACGUGCCGCUCCCGCUGCGACGUGACCUCCUGUCCGAGCCCCAGCUGUCCCGACGGGUACGUCCCGGACAGAUGCAACUGCUGCCUGGCGUGCUCGCCACGCGAGGGGGACCCCUGUGGCCGCAGGAACCACCUGCCCUGCGGGGACGGCCUGGAGUGCAAGCUGCUCGCUGCGGGGAGGCGGCGCGGCACCGGGGGGGUCUGCCGGUGCAAGAUGGAGCGCGCGGUGUGCGGAAGCGACGGGAAGACGUUCGGUAAUGUGUGUAAGAUGAGGGCAGCCAGCCGUAAGGCCGAGCAGAAAGGAAGAGCCGCGGUGAGCCAGGCGCACGAGGGACCCUGUGCACCUCCGGGCGCAGCAGGGCGUCCACUGGUCCAUCGCAGCAGCCCUCGCUACAAAUUUAACUUCAUUGCUGACGUAGUGGAGAGGAUAGCUCCCGCGGUUGUCCACAUUGAACUGUUCUUAAGACAUCCCCUGUUUGAUCGCCACAUGCGUCUCUCCAGUGGCUCCGGUUUCAUUGUGACCCACUCGGGUCUGAUUGUGACCAACGCGCACGUGGUAACCACUGCUGCCGCGGUGACAGGGAGGCUCCAGCUGCGCGUGCAGCUGCGUGACGGUGACGCCUACGAGGCCUCGGUCCGAGAUUUAGACAGGAAAGCAGACAUUGCCACGAUCAAGGUCGAUCCCCAGAAAAAGCUCCCUGUGCUGCCUCUGGGCCGGUCAGCUGACCUGAGACCGGGGGAGUUUGUGGUUGCUAUUGGCAGCCCCUUCGCCCUGCAGAACACCGUCACCACCGGCAUCGUCAGCACCACUCAGAGAGACGGCAAGGAGCUAGGCAUCAAGGACUCGGACAUGGACUACAUCCAGACUGACGCUAUUAUUAAUUAUGGAAAUUCUGGAGGACCUCUUGUUAACUUGGACGGCGAGGUGAUCGGCAUCAACACUCUGAAAGUGACCGCAGGGAUUUCCUUUGCUAUUCCCUCCGACAGAAUCAGACGCUUCCUCACAGAGUCACAGAUCAAACACAUCAAAGGUCAGAGAAAGAUGAGACUGCAGACAACGAGUUACAGAGGAACACUCGGAUGCAGGCGAAGCGAUCCUGCCCCGUCGGUCGAGUCCGUGCCUCGUAGGUCCAGCGGGAUUCUGAUCCUGAGCCUUCUGGAUGUGAACUUCUCUCCUUGUACCAUACGCUUCCUCUCACAUUCUACCAUUCUACAUUAUUCCUUUACUCUUUGUCCCCCAGGACACAGAACAUUUAUUCUCAUUUGGGAAUAUCAACUUUGUACUGACAUGCUCACGUUUUAGCUGAACUUUCUGUGCCCUCAGUUUAAAAAAUCAUAUAUAUUCCGACAACUGCGCCUUAUGCAGUGCACCCUUUACUAUAAACUGCCUUCACAAAGAGUCAUGGGUGCGUUUAAGAGGAGGGGGGGGGGGUUAAAGAAAGAAGACGUUAUAGUCUAAAUAACUUGUUACAACCAGUCCAGACUAUUGCAUACACGCGUGUUGCAGCGUGAUCAGUCUUCUACUGCUUGUUGGCGACAUUCUGGUAAGAAUUCGCAACCUUCACUUGUCUGGUGAUGUGUAUUUAGUUUGAUUCACACAUUUUUGAGAUGUGUUCUGUCAUAGAUAAACAAAUAUCGUAGUUCAUUACAUUAUUCAAAAUACUGAAGAGGAAAUGAUAUUGCAUUGUAUAUUAAAUAAAGCCCAAGGAAUGUCAGAAUAAAAGCUCCAAACAAGAA